GAGGCGAGGAAUCGAGCAGGGAAUUGAAGCGGAAAGAACGCUGAAAAUGUACAACCACGCCACACCACCCCCACCUCCAUCAUAUACCCCUCAUCGCCACAUCCCCCCCCUCUCUCUCUCUCCGCGACACACAUGCAUCAAUAAACGUUACAAGGACAGCAAUAAACAUCACGCCACACAGUAGGGAGAGAGAGAGUGGCGUGGUAGACUGGUAGUGAAGGUACGUACCUGAAGAGAGAGAGAGAGAGAGAUGGGUGUGUGUAAGUGUAACAAUCUCAACACAUUGAACGCUCUGCAGAGGACACGCCACACCCUGAUUCUUAAAUAGCUUGUCCUUUCUCUCUCUCUCUCUCUCGCUCUCUCUUUCUCUCUUAUUCUUUUAGCUUUUUAUUUUGUGGGUCUUCUUCAUUUUCCUCUUCUCUUCUGCCUUCUCAUCUGCUGCUCUGAGAGGGAAAGAGAGAUGAGUAGUGUUGGUCUACAAGGGGAGGAGUUGAGAGCAACCCUAGCAGCAAGUGAGAGCAGAAGACGGAUGGAUGGUGGCUUCCCUUCUCACAAUAAGCAAGGAGAGAAAGAUGAUUUGUAUACUGAACUGUGGCUGGAAUGUGCUGGGUCUCAUGUUUACGUUCCGCGCGUUGGGGAGAAGGUUUUCUACUUCCCUCAAGGUCACAUUGAACAGGUUGAGGCUUAUACCGACCAAGACGGUAUGAUGGAAAUGCCAAUUUACAAUUUAUCUUCUAAGAUCCUUUGCAAGGUUGUUUAUGUUCAGCUAAAGGCUGACUCUCAAACAGAUGAGGUGUUUGCUCAAGUUACUUUGCUUCCAGUGGCAGAGCAAGAUGAGAUAAGUUCAGAGGAUGAGAAUGCUGUGUCUUCACCUCAGAGAGCUAGUGUGUGCUCCUUUGUCAAAAGGCUCACUCCUUCUGAUACAAGCACACAUGGUGGAUUCUCUGUUCCCAAGCAACAGGCUGUUGAGUGCUUCCCACCUCUUAACAUGUCUCAAGAACCACCUGUACAGGGACUGGUCGCCAAAGACUUGCAAGGGUUUAAAUGGCACUUCCGCCAUAUUUAUCGCGGUCAGCCAAGGCGGCACUUGCUCACUAGUGGUUGGAGUAGCUUUGUGACUGCAAAGAAGCUUGUUGCUGGGGAUACAUGUAUCUUCCUUAGAGGAGAAAAUGGACAACUUCGUGUUGGGGUCCGCCGUGCAAUGAAACAACUAAAUAAUGUAGCAACGUCUGUCAUAUCUCGCCACAGCAUGCAACAUGGCAUUCUCGCCAGCGCUUUCCAUGCUGUUACUUCUGGAACCAUGUUUACUGUGUACUACCACCCUUGGACAAGUCCUUCUGAAUUUAUCAUACCUUACACAAAGUUGAAUAGAAGUGUCUAUUCAGUUGGAACAAGGUUUAGAAUGCAGCCUGAUGGUGAAGAAUGUUCAGAAAAGAGACCUACAGGUACUGUAGUUGGUAUUGGAGAUAUUGAUUGUAUUAGGUGGCCUGGUUCAGAAUGGAGAUGCCUUCAGGUGCAGUGGGAUUCCACAUCGGACACAUUUUUGCAUCCUGAAAGGGUUUCGCCUUGGAACAUUGAGCUGAUAGAAUCAACCAACAAGAAGAAGAGGACGCGGCCACUUGAUCCAGCAUUGCCUGGGUUUUCUAGCAGGACCAGAGAUGGCUUAUUUCAGAGUCCGGUUGAGUUUACACCUCCGAGACACCCAAAGGUCUUGCAAGGUCAAGAAGACAGGAAAACAGGUGCUCAAGAACUGGGUGCACAAACCUCAGCCAUAUUUCCACAUUUGAUCUACAGGCAUUUGGGAUUGGAGAAUCAGCUAUGUCAUCCAAUGCAUGACCAUCUUUAUCGACUUAGUAGCAACACAGUACCAUCUCCUGCUGGAAAUAUGGCUGCUCCUUGCACCACUUACCCGUGCCCCCAAAUAAUUACUACUUCUGUAGUAUGUGACAAUGAUGCAGUUAGCAGAAACAAUUCAGUUUCAAAUGUCACCACUAGCAAUACUGGAUCCCAGGAAUGCAGGGCUUCUGAAUCAAGGGAUGAGAAUGAAGCUCCUCUUUCCCAACCAACUGGCCGUACGAGAUACAUGCUCUUUGGAGUCAAUUUAGUUAAUAGUCACCCGGAGCUCCCUUCAGUACAAGUUGCCAAUUAUUGUGAACUUUGUAGUCCUUGUUCUUUCUCUCGAACAUCUCACUCAAGUGUUUCUGAAACUAUCCAGGUUUCAGAGCCCUCCAAGGAUAUCUCUGGCGUCCUUCUGGAGAAACAAUGUGAGAAUUGCUCUGUCACUAGCAGGAGUUGCACAAAGGUGCUCAAGUAUGGAUCUGCACUUGGAAGAUCAGUUGACCUCAUGCGUUUCGAUGGGUAUGAUGAACUCAUUUCUGAGCUUGACCAGAUGUUUGAUUUCCAAGGAAGCUUGAUUCAUGGAACCAGUGGAUGGCACGUAACCUUUACAGAUGAAGAAGGAUUCAUGAUGCUGAUUGGAGAUAAACCAUGGCAGGAAUUUUGCCUCAUGGUGCGGAGGAUCUUCAUCUGUCCAAAGGAAGAAAUUGACAAGCCAAUACAAGAAAUUGGAAUCUAAUAGGGAUUCAAUUGUGGAUUUCAUGAGUUGCCAUAACUUGAAAAAACCAGAACUUUGCAGUCUUUUUUGAGAUGAAUUUUAUAAUAUCAUAUAUAUUUUCAAGUUCAUGAGUAUA